UUGGUCAGCUGGCUGGAGCAUUCACAACAUGAGUCCACCUCAACAGGAGUGUGACAUGAACGCUGCUCCAAUGUCCCCCAGCUUUGCUGCUGACUGACACUCGUCCGCCAUUCUAGUUGAAACUGGAAGGAGAAAAGUGACAGUAAGAAAAACAGCCUAGAGAGAAGAGAGGAGGUAUAACUAAGUGCUUUACUACACAUGCCAGGUGAGAGAAUUCCCAUCUCUCUCUCUCUCUCUCUCUCUCUCUCAUACCGUGGAUGUCUUCCCAGUCCAGGCUCCACUCAUCUUUAAACAACAGAUGUGCUGUGUUCGACUCCCUCCUCCAGAUGUCUGCACCGUGGACUAGAUAGAUCCGGAAACCUGACAUCAAGAAGGACCUGACUAUCUGCUAACAUUAAGAACAGAGAGAAAGAGAGAGAGAGAGAGAGAGAGAGAGAGAAAGAGAGAGAGGGAGUCGAUGACACUGAAACACGCAAAUGAUGGACAAGAAAAGUGCAAAUGGCUUUUCUGCCAAGGCUUCUGAGAGUGGGGGACAGAGGAAACAGCUGCCAUAUUCUGUGGAGACACCCUACGGCUUUCACCUGGAUCUGGACUUCUUAAAAUAUGUUGAUGAUAUUGAGAAGGGUAAUACCAUCAAGAGAGUGCAUAUACAGAGAAAGAACAGGGGACCAAAAUAUAGCACACUGCCACGCAACUUUAGCCUUCCUGGACAUGGUGCAAGACCUACAGCCAAAGACACAUGGUCCAACACAUCCACGCUGGGAUCCAAGCCCAAGUCACGUGUUACUGAAGUCCAGCAACUUUUUGAUUUCAGAGCCAGCAGUGACAAUGCUAGCAGCAGCAGCAGUAGUAGCCAAACCACCCCUGCAGGUCAAAAAAGUGUUCAAGGUAGCAGCUACCCCACUUCACCCAAAACUGUAGAUGACGUCCAUAUUCAGGCUUCCCAAGACCAACAGGCUUCCCUUAGCCUUAAUGUGAGGCCUCACUUGUUUCGGGCAUCCAGCAUGCCUGUUAACGUCCCACGCAGGAAAGCUUCAGACUCUACAGAUGAGCAACAGAGCUCUCAGUCACAGAAUGGCUCGACUGAAAAACUGUUUCGCCCUGUGGAUGUCAGUGACAGAAGAGGGAGUAUUCCUCAAGACAGGGCCAGCUUGCAUCAACAGAUAACGGCAGCUCUGAAACGGGUGCGCGAACUGGAGGAGCAGGUCAGGACGAUCCCUGAGCUGAAGGCUCAGAUUUGUUCCCUAAGAGAAGAGAAGGAACAACUGCUUCAGAGAAUUCAGGAGCAGUUUCAUGUAAAGAGCCUGCCAGAGAUAGAGAGAAGUGAAAAACCCUUGCCAGAGUCCCAACAAAGUACUUCAGCAACAGAGGAGCAAGAUGUUCCAUCUCUUUCCCAGGAUACUGUGAAUGAGAGUCAUACUAAGAGUCCAGAAACACAGUCAACUAUAGAUAAAGUGGUCCAGAACAUUGAAGGGCCACCACCUUACAAAGUUUUGGGAGAAGGGACAGUUUUAAGUGUGGUCACUGUUCCAGUGAUUCUUAUUGAAAAAGCUGAAAGUCCAACUGAUUCAGAAGAAUCAGAGAAAAUGUUGGAAGAAACAGAGCAUGAGACUGAAGUAUCAGAAAUGGUCUCGGAAGAAGAAUUCGAAAAACAGGAGGAAACGCCAAGCACUUCAUUAAAGGACAAAGAAUCUGACAUAACCGUAAAGGUUUCCAUAACAGCAGAAGAAGGAGAUAUAUCCGAAGCCACAGCGUCCCAAGACGAAACUGAAAAAGCGGAAACAAUCGAUCAAUCUAUUGUACAAAAGGAAAUAUCGACCUCCACAGUAAAGGCACAAGAUGUUUUUACUAUCCAAGACCUCCAAGAAAAGGUUAAGACAUUGGAGGAAAGAUUAAGGCAGGUCAGCUGUGAUCUGGAAACAACAACCUCCUUAUUGAAUGUACAGAUUGAGGAGAAUAGACAAAAGGAGGUAACAAUUCAGGAGCUAAGUGAAAAAGUAAAGGAACCCAUUGCAGGCAGUGUACAGCAAGAGCCAGAGGGUCGACUAGAGACUGAGCCACUUCCGCAACACAUUAUUACUUGCGAUUCGGCAGUCAAUACUGACAGCAAGCAUGUGUUAGAAAAAGCAGUCCUAACAGAUAUUGACCUAGAGCCUGUUGAAAGUAUCAAAAGAGCAGACCAAAUGUCCUGUAGUACUCAAACAAAUAUAGUUGAGACACGAGAAAUAGAGGUGUUAGCACAGGUGAUGACAGCAGAAAAAGUCGUGGGGGUGGAAAUUACUAAAUGUGACCAGGCAGUUGAAACAGAUGUGUAUGAAAAUAUCUUGGAAGUAAAAAAGAUUGAAGCCGCAGAUGAAAGUUGCAGUGUACAUAGAGAUGAUAUAGACGAAGAGAAAAUAAGUGAAAGCAUGAUUAUUGAGUGUGAUGUGGCUGAGGAGUAUGUUAUAGUAGAAAAGACAGAGGACGAUUUGAUUGAGACGGUUUUCACGGACGAUAAAGAUGUCAAGUCCUUGGCCAGAGAAGAAGAACUGGUGGAAAAUGUUGAAACUGUGGUCACAGAGGCUGUAAAACCAGAUACAAGCACAGAUGAACUAUUACAGCAAGACCAAAAGCAACCGCUAGCCCAAGACAUUCAGACUCAGUCUCAGAGGCCCAAUGAGGCUUCAGCGUCACCUGCAGCCAUAGGCCAGGUUGUCACUCGGAUCCAAGGUCUUCUCAAUGAGCAGUGGGCCAGCUUGGGGAGCGGGAGCCAGGAACCAAAAGGAGAGGGCUCGCAGAAACAGCCAGUCUCAAAGAUCAGUUCCAUUCAGAGUCACCUCCGGGGCUCACUUAGUGCCCUUUCAGCCUUCUAUUCUCCUGUUCAAAAAGGAGGUGCAGCAAAACAAUCAGGCCUCAAAUCUAUCAUGAAGAAGAAUGACUGUCCUGACAAGCAAGCGACUGGAGGAGCCAAGAAAAACCUGAAAUUUGUUGGCGUAAACGGAGGCUAUGAGUCAACCUCCAGUGAGGAGUCCAGUGGGGAGGACGAGAGGGAGGAGGAGGAGGAGGAGAAGGAGAAGGAGGAGGAGGAGGAGAAGGAGGAGGUGGAGGUGAAUAGCUCGGAAAUGGAGGAGCAGGGAGAGGACAGAGGAGUGGCCCAAAAGGAGGAGAAGGAGGCUGCUACUGCUGGGGAGCAGGAUGAAGAAAUUCAGGCAGGGGGGUCCCAGGGUUCUGUAGAACCUAAAGACCCUCAGGCCAUUGUUGAUCCCCAGGAGGAGCAGCCCAGCAGUGAAUUUGUAGAUAAAAACUUUAUGGCCGCCUGUCACUACCUAAAGGACCGAAUGGCAGAGGUCUCAACCCCAAACAAAGAGAUGAGGCAGAUUCUGAUGGUGCUCUACCAGGAAUGGUUCCGUGUAUCCAGUCAGAAGGAAUCGCAGGCAGAAAUGGUCACUGUGUAUCUGCGAGAAGUUGGGAAUCACACUCCUACUCUCCUGCGAUAUAUAGUUAACCUGGCUGAUGGCAACGGCAACAUGGCGCUACACUACAGCGUCUCCCACUCCAACUUCCAAGUAGUCAAGCUCCUGUUGGAUACGGGUCUUUGUGAGGUGAACCAUCAGAAUAAAGCCGGCUACACAGCGAUCAUGUUGGCAGCUUUGACUGCAGCAGAAGGACCUGAGGACAUGGAAGUGGCCCAGCAGCUACUGAGCCUGGGCAACAUCAACGCUCAAGCAGGCCAGUCUGGUCAGACAGCACUGAUGCUGGCAGUUAGUCAUGGGCGUACAGCAAUGGUGCAGGUUCUUCUCGACUGUAAAGCAGAUGUGAACAUACAGGACCAAGAUGGCUCCACGGCGCUGAUGUGUGCCUGUGAACAUGGUCACACUGAGAUAGCCAAACUACUGCUAGACAGACCUGAAUGUAACACUAAUCUGAAAGAUAAGAAUGGAACCACUGCACUGUCUGUGGCCAUCAAGUUCUCCCACUCUGAGCUAAUCGAACUUCUGAAGACCCACAGUGAAAAGGCUGGGACUACAUACACUGCAAGUCUUCUCUGAGGUCGCUUAUACUUCCUCUGCAGUAGCAACAGUACCUGCAUUCACCCUCCAGCUGCCUCAACCAGUCAAACUGACCAGUGAGACUUAUUUGGAAAGGAAAAAAAAAUAGACUUUCCUCAACUGGGAUAAGCAACAGGCCAAGUUUUAUAGUUCUCCGAAGCGCAGUUUAACGUCAAAGCUCUUAACUUAAUGUGGAUGAAGCAUGGUACAUUGUUUCAUGUUGUGUCCUAUUUUUCAAGUAUUAUUCUAUUUUUGUCACGUAGAGAGCAUUAUACAUGAAUGUUGUUAUAGAGUCUAUCAGAUACACACUAUAUUUAUUUUAUAUUGCACCUUGCUAUACUGUUUUUAUUUAAUCUCCUCGAAAAUAUUCAAGGCCGGUCUGAAUAGAUCCUGAUGAGCAAAAUUGUGUCUUCCAUCAUGAAGGUUAUCAGGUUAAUGUUUUUCAUGUGAAAUCUUAAAAGGUUUAUUUUGUCUUUGUGUUUAGCUUGAGGCCAAAAACAUGGCAGGAUAGCUCCCAAACCAAAUAAAUUCUCUCAAUAAAAUACAGCAGAAUUUAAUAAAUGAGCUAAACAUUUCUUUUUUUCCCCAUUUAUAAAUAUUGAAUGUUUUCAGCAUCCAAGACCAGGGGUGAACAAAUCAGAAGCUCAGGUAGCUGACACAAGAGAACUACAUGUCUGCGUUAUUCUUUUGCUUUUCUCAAUUUACAACCAAAAAAAUUGAAAAAACUUCUCGAAUCAAAUGCAAUCAUCUGCAAUAUAUAGUACCUGAAAGUCAAAUACCCACUAAUCAUUUAAAAACCCACCACCUGCUGCACUGCAUAUCGUAUACAGAUGUCACAUGACCAUUCCAGAAACAGAAACAUAUACUUGUAUAGCAGAAAAGCCAGCGUUAAUAAAGUCGACAGCUUCCUUUCUACCAUGACCUUAGUCUCUUGACAUACAGAUGCUAGCCAGACUGGAAUAUUGUAUGUCUCUGGUGAGAGGAGGAACCUGGGAAAUGUCUCGCUGAGUAUUUGUUGAAGGCAAAAGUCAAUUCUUUGUCCAUUUGGGUUUCCAGGCAACCAAAACAUACAUUUAAGUGGCACACUGGAGCAUUUCCAUGCCUGGACUGCCAGCUAAAACAUGUAUGAUUUGUUCACCCCUGAAGACUUUUAAAUUAAUAAUUUGCUGGAGCAACCAUUUGAUUAAGGUUCAGCGAGAAUCACCAUAAAUUAUUUAAAUAUACUGUUGUAUUCAGUGAUGAAAUAUUACUAAUAACCCUU